GUGACGAUGGCCGAGAGAAAGAAAGUAUCCGAGGACUGUGUGGAAUACAGAAUUUUCCCGGCAUUAAAUGGCAUCGAUGACCACCAGACUUUACUGCAUGCUUUAGACACGUGCUUGGCCCUGGUCAGCCCGCACGUUGUAGAUCACAUUUGGCAUAAUGACCCAUUUCAGCUCACACCUGUGGACGGCUCAAAAGACUGUCCUUCUCAUUUAUAUGGUAAAACCACAUUUGGGGACAAUAUCGAAGAUGAGUGGUUCAUUGUGUAUUUGCUAUUUGAGUUAUCAAGACAAAGCCCAGAACUUGUCAUACAAGUCCAAGACAUUGAUGGGGAAUUCUUGUUGAUUGAAGCAGCUGAUGUUCUACCUAAGUGGGUGAACCCUGACACUGCUGAAAAUAGGGUGUUCAUUCACAAGAAUGAGUUGCACAUCAUUCCCAUGCCCCAAACUCCCGCAGAUGUGACUGUGCUCCCAGCGUCCACACCAAGCCUACAGGAAGCUGUGAACUGCGUGCGGAAGUUUGCCUCUAGAACCAGAGCCAACAACGGAGUUCAGAAAGCUCUGAAGGCCAGAAUUACUGAGUAUCCUGAGAAGAUCCAGGAGAACAUACAUCACACACACUGUUACAUCCCAGCAAACUUAGCAGCCGUCUUAGAGAGACGCCCCUCCUUGGUGUCUGCGGGGGUACAGGCUUUCUACCUGAGGGACCCUAUAGAUCUACAGGUUUGCAGAACAAUGCAGUAUUUUCGACCCGGAACACGAGUUACCAGUAGGGUGAAAAUGACAAGAUGUCUCUAUGCCCAGCUAAAGCAGCAGAAAUUCCAGCCAGACAAAAGGUCUGGGUUUACCCUUCCCACCACCAGUAACCCCAAACACACAUCCCAUGAUCUUGGAAUGAAACUGGCACAUGGGUUUGAGAUUUUAUGUUCCAAAUGCAAUGAAAAUGAAGAAAGAUCACAGAAUGGUCACUCUGUCAGACCUAAUGAUGCUCGAUGGAAAAGAUAUCUCCAAUUCUUGAAAGACAAAGGCUUUUUCAAGGGAGAGAUAGAAGGAUCAAAAAAGUACAAUGAACUCCUCUACAAAGCUAGAGAGUUCUAUCAGCAACAGGCAUUUCCUGCUAAAAGCAGGAGGACUGUUGCUGAUGAGGUGAUGGAUUUGCUGGACAAAGUGACCUUUGACAUUGAUGCCAUGAGAAGAAACGAAGGAAACCUGCUUCCACCUGAUGAUGACAGCUGGCUCAAUAUUUCACCCGAGGAGCUGGAGACUUUGUUGAUGAAGAGGUCAGGUGUGUCCAAUGGCAGCUCUCCAUCUGCUGACCUCGGGCAGGUAGCCAGCGGAAUGAAGUCCUUCGUAGAUAAAGUCUCUGGUGUGGAUGGUGCUGAAUUCCCAGGAGAAGCUGACGAGGAGGGGAUUCAGUUUGACAGUACAGGGUUUAUAUCAGCCAUGACAAAAAUGUUUGAAUUUGAGGACCCCAAUGAUGGAAAUUCAAGCUCUGACAUGGAAGAGUAUGGCUGGGAUGAUUCUGACAUUGAUGUGGACGACCAGCCCCCGGUAGUUCAGACAGAGAAGAGGAAGCAGAGUGUGAAGUCUGCGGGGGGUCCCUCUGUACAGGAUUACAUGGACCUUAUGGACAGGGAACUCAGCCAGACCAGUGUGGGUAAAAGCUUCGAGAAAGACCCCAUCGUCAAAGAACAAGCAUCUGAACCUAAACCUCCUCAGAAUGACACCAAGACGAAGAAGAAGAAAUCUAUAGCAGAAGAGGAUGAUGACUUUGAACCAGUCAACAUUGACAUCAACAUAGUGAAGAAUAUGUUGGAGUCCAUGAAUGCCCAGUCCGGCCUAGCGGGACCUGCCACCAACAUUUUCAGCUCCAUGGGGAUCCAAAUCCCAAAGGAGACCAAAGAACCCCCAUCCCGACCCCCACAACCUCGCAGGAGAUCGUCUGGGACCGAGGAUAGGAAUAGACCCCCUGCCCCUCCCAAACCAACCAAUCUCCCCGUGUCACAGGGCAGACAGAGGCCACAACGACCUCCCCCUCCCAAACCUACCUCCCUACACAGACAGCAGUCCAAGGAAACCAAUGUGUAGUGGCCAGGUGCCAUCAUUGUUGUAUAAUAAUGAUGUUAAAAAUUAAAAAGGCUAGAGGAUUCCUCUCUAAAAGAAUGACUUGAGACUGUUCAUUUCAACUUAGAACUCCCCCUUGACCAUUGUUGUGAAUUAAAACGUCUGGAUUUGAGAAGGGAAUUUUAUUAUGAGGAUAACAUUCUGUAGUUGCAUGUAAGUUGCAACAACAUCUAAAAAGUGUUCAUGUUUUAAUUUUUACACCAUAAAAACCUGUUUAGAGUUGUUACAAAAAGUUAACUUGGAAUGGCAUUUGUCUUCAAUAUUCAAUAUCAGUAGCUUUAAAAUGUUGAAAAAAAUUUCUAUUGUUACAUGUAUAUAUAUGUUAAUUGUUACAUUUACAUGUAUAUCUGUAUUUCUAGAUGCAUGUAAAAGUUUUAUUGUUGAGAUUUUGGAAAUUUCUAGUGGGUUGAUACUUUGAGGUAUCAUGAACCAUGUUUUAACUUUUGCACUUAUGAUUUUUUUUUUACAUUUCUUAGGAUCCCUUAGCAGAUAUAUGCUUCUUUUGAAUUUUCAUUAUUGUGCAUUAACUUAGCUUAGAUAUUGUCUUCAUAUAUUGAUGCUUUACCUUAAAACAAGAUGAUUCAGUUACUGUAAUUGUACAAUAAUGACUUUUUCAAUGUUAAUGCAGGGAAGAAAAUACCAGUGAGAAAACGACUGGAUAAGUGUAUUGAUCACUAUAAAAAUGCCAUAGACAGUGAUAUAUCGUAACCAUGAUUGUAUUAUGCUGUUAAAGCAAAGAAAAUACAGAGAAGCCGCAGAGCUUCACAAUGUAACCGGUUUUUAAACACAGUGCAAUAUUAGAUGUACUGAGAUUUUUUUUACACCAGAAAUGUUAAGGUGCAUUUUUUUUUUAAACUUUGUUUUCGUGCAUGGUAGAAAAUUGUUGUAAACAUGUACAUGUAAAUAAAUUUUGUUGAAAAUGCUUUGCUAGAUAACCGCAGUGUACAAAUGGUGUCCAUUUCAAGAGGUUGUUGUAUUUUUCUUAUUUAGCCAAGUUGUUGAUGUUUUUACUAUGUUGUGCUCAGCUAGAACAUCUCUCCAUUGUAGCAUAUACAUGUAUGUACAUAGUGUGUAAAAGUCAGUUAUUACCUACAUGUAUAAUGAUGCAUGCUGUAAAGAUUCAGUGCUUGAAAAAAAAACCAUAAUAGUUACAUACAUGUAGUACUAAUUGUAAAACACUGCUGGAACCAUUGUUUUCUAAACUAUGCAAAGUACGGAAUCUCUGAUUUUGAUUUUUCUUUCACCUCAAAACAUUCCACCUACUUUUAAUAUAUGGGAUUUUUUUAUUCCCAUUGAAUGCAAGAUUUUUUUAUGAGCUGCAUUUUUACACAGCUUAAGAUUACACAUCUUAAUCUUUGAUAAAACCAUUAAAAGUUGAAAUAUUAAUUUUUUAUGAAAAACAAUAAUAGUGCAUAAAAUACAUUGAUCUAUUAUUAACCAGUAAGAAACAAAGAUCAGCAAAACUAUAAUGGUCUUCUGAGCAUGUAUAAUACAUAAUGUAUCUGAUACAGUCAUUUCUUAAUUUUUACUUCAGUACCUUGAUAGGUACUGGUACCUUAAUAUUAUUUAGUCACAUAUGGUACUUUGAACUUGCUCAUUAACACAUAUAACAGACAGAGCGAGAAGCUCCGAACAUUGGAAUCUUUUGGUUAUAUCCUGUUUAUUUUUUUGUUGCUCUUUUCAUUAAUAACAAGUCAGAAUUAUCAGCUCUUAUCUAUACUUUAUCUGUAGUUUGAAAUCUUGAGAAAUUAAUUGCAUUACAAAGGUUCAACUAUUGAAUAGUCUACAGUAAUUAUGAAAAGGGUUUUACAGUAAUUGUUAUAAGGUGAUCAAAGCUAUGUGUGCAUAUUUGGUUCCAGGCAAUCACUUUCUUGCCAUAUAUUGUGUCUUUUUCUUUUUUUUUGAGUCAAAGAUGUACAAAUAUUGAAGUUGACAAGCUUAAUUAUGUUAUAGGAGAGAUCAUAAUUUCCUUGUAAAGUAGAUGCACCUUAUAUAUGUGUACCUUUAUGAUAGCUCACCUGUGUGUAGACUUCCACAGUGUUUCUAGUCAGAUGUAUUCUCAAUGCAUUAUAUCUUAUUAUGUCAGCUUUAGUAUCAAUGUGUUCCUGGCUAUAUAUAGUUUUCACCUUUUAGAAUAGCUUUCUCAUCCAUGUUACAUUCCAUUUUUUAGUUUGAAAAUAUCUCUAUGUACAACUCAAAAUCAUUUUCCCUCAAAAUUUUCCGUGUUACACAGAUAAAAAUCCAUCAGUGUAAGGGAGAAAAAAAUUGGUAUUUUCUGACAAUGAUUUUUUCUUUUCAAUCAGAUGGUCCCUAUAUCUAGCGUGUUUUGCAUACAUACAUUUUGCAAUACUGUACUGUGGAUUUUAUUUCUGCUUCUUUUUUAUUCAGCUUAAAAUAUGGUCAAUAAUUAAGACUUCUGUUUUCUCAAUUUUUAUUGGUUGUGAUUAUAACUAUCCUUUGCAUAAUACAUGUAUUUGAUUUUGCAGCAAUGUAACAAAAGUCAGUCAGAGCUCAAUUUAGGCUACAGCAAGGAGCUUCUGAUCCUCUUUGUGUUUGCAUAUAGGUCUGGCUCUAGCGAGGUUGUAUUAUUACACUGAAUCGGUGGAAUAAGUAUAGUAUGUAAUGACAUUAUAUUUUUUGACCAAUUUCUUUUGUUUCCCUUAGAUUUAGUGAGUAUAUUGUAUAAGUGCUACAUGUAUCUGAUACAUUGGCAGUAGCUUUCACAAUGAAAUACUAGUACUUUUGAUUUAAAUUGACUGCCAAAAUUAACAGUCUGGUUCCGUAUCAUUCAUUAUGAUUUUAUCAUGUCUGCUCAGUCCAAAAUCCACAAGAAUCAUUUUAUCCUGUUUUGCAAUUGUCAACACUCUCACCUGCCAUAUUUUAAUAAGAAAUAUAGGUGUCAUAAAAUGUUUUUAAUACUACAAACACUGUUUAUGAGGUCAGUAUUAUUGUAACAGUUGCACAGACCGUGUGAAAAUAACUACACUCUUCUCUGUACGUGUUUUAUGUCUUUUUUUAUGUGCAACUGAACACAUAUUCAUACACAGAUACAUGUUAAACAAGCAGCAAUAAACAGAGAAUUCUGA